CUCCCUCCACCCCAACUUUUCGACAUCCUCCCCGCCCUCCACGAGCUCCUCUCCCGCAUCGACCACGCCCCAACCGCAGCCACCCUCGCCGACCCCGGCGAAGAGAGCGAGAUAGCCUACACCGGCUCGCAGCCUCUAGACCCCAAGGACCUGCCGAGUGCGGUGCUACCAAUCAAGGCGCAGAUACGGAAAGGUUUACGUGAGCUGGAGACGCUGCCGGAUAUGGAUCGCUCGGUGGAGGAGCAGAGGGAGGAGAUUGCGGAGUUGGAGACGAAGAUACGGCGGCAGGAGGAAGUGCUGAGGGCGAUGGAG